AGCCCUGCCUGCCCACCAGGAGGAUGAAGGUCUCCGUGGCUGCCCUCUCCUGCCUCAUGCUUGUUGCUGUCCUUGGAUCCCAGGCCCGGGUCACAAAUGAUGCAGAGACAGAGUUAAUGAUGUCGAAGCUUCCACUGGAAAAUCCAGUAGUUCUGAACAGCUUUCACUUUGCUGCUGACUGCUGCACCUCCUACAUCUCACAAAGCAUCCCAUGUUCACUCAUGAAAAGUUAUUUUGAAACAAGCAGCGAGUGCUCCAAGCCAGGUGUCAUAUUCCUCACCAAGAAGGGGCGGCAAGUCUGUGCCAAACCCAGUGGUCCGGGAGUUCAGGAUUGCAUGAAAAAGCUGAAGCCCUACUCAAUAUAAUAAUAAAGAGACAAAAGAGGCCAGCCACCCACCUCCAACACCUCCUGUGCCAGGGCAGGCAUCCCCAACUCAGGCUUGGCCAACCUAUGCUCCCUUUCAGAGAUCUGAGCCUGGAACAAGUGUUGCAGAGAAGCAGAAAAAGAGAGGACUCACACCAGUUGACUCUUGUGGCAUGAUUUUGGAUGUGGCAUUGGAGCUGGUCUCUCUAGGAUUCUACCUCGGCCUCCCAGGUUCAAGCAAUUCUCCUGCCUCAGCCUCCCUACUAGCUGGGAUUACGUGCCUGCCACCAGACCUGACUAAUUUCUGUAUUUUUAGUAGAGACAGGGUUUCGCCUUGUUGGUCAGGCUGGUCUCAAACUCCUAACCUCAGAUGAUCCACCCACCUCGGCCUCCCAAAGUACUGGAAUUACCGGCAUGAGCCACUGCACUCAGCCUCCACCUACUUUUCAAGCCUUCCUGAUACUACCUAAAAUCUUUGCAGUAAAGUCCUUUUUGCUUAAUCAACCAGAGUCAGUUUGUAUAGCUUUCCAACAAAAAACUCCAACUGAUAUGAACAAUAAACUUUCUGGGACUUUGAA